AUGUUUCGCGCUCAGCAGAAUGCUUUUGAUGAUGCGGUCGCGAAGGCGACCGAUGAGAAUCUGACUUCUGAGAACUGGGAAUACAUCCUUGAUGUCUGUGAUAAGGUUGCUGCCGAAGAAUCAGGUGCAAAAGAGGCGGUUGCUGCCAUGAUCAAAAGGAUGGCUCACAGAAAUGCGAAUGUGCAACUUUAUACGCUUGAGCUCGGCAAUGCGCUGUCGCAGAACUGUGGCCUUAAGAUUCAUCGCGAGUUGGCAUCAAGGAGCUUUACUGAUGCGCUCCUGCGCCUGGCAAGCGAUCGUAAUACGCACCAACAGGUCAAGUCCAAGAUUCUCGAGCGAAUGGAAGAAUGGACUGAGAUGUUUGCAUCUAACCCAGACUUCGGGAUUAUGGAACAAGCCUAUAUGAAGUUGAAGACCUCAAACCCAAACCUUCAGCCCCCUUCGAAGCCAGUGAAGAGCGCGAUUACGGACGUUGACCGACAGAAGGAAGAUGAGGAACUGCAGAUGGCCUUAGCUCUGUCUGUCAAGGAUAAGGCUCCUCCAAUUCCCGUUGCUCAGACCGGGCCAUCUGCUGCGGCUACUGUAUCGAGGCCCGAAACAACUUCGCCUGCAGCCGAGUUACCAGCAGCUGCAGCUGGACCUGUGCCAUCCGGCACAUCGGCUGCUACUGUCUCGCGUGUCCGCGCCCUUUUUGAUUUCCAACCCUCGGAGACUGGAGAGCUUCAGUUCCGCAAGGGUGAUAUCAUUGCGGUCUUGGAAUCAGUAUACAAGGACUGGUGGAAGGGAUCCUUGAGAGGCCAGACGGGAAUUUUCCCUCUAAAUUAUGUAGAAAAACUUACUGACCCCAGUGUCGAGGAGUUACAGCGCGAGGUUCAAAUGGAAGGCGAGGUCUUUGGCCAGCUGAAGAAUGUCGAGAAGCUUUUGACCCUGUUGAGCACACGGAGCUCCGAUCUCAAUGUGCAGGAGAACGAAGAGAUCAGUAAUCUCUACCAUUCAACCGUUGCUAUUCGACCGAAGCUUAUCGAGUUGAUUGGAAAAUACUCGCAGAAGAAAGAUGAAUUCACUCAACUUAAUGAAAAGUUUAUUAAGGCGCGCCGUGACUACGAGUCGUUGUUAGAGGCCUCUAUGGCUCAUCCGGCACAACCCUAUCCACGACCUGGACAACCCCAGUAUGCCUACCCAGGUUCCAGUCAGGCUGGAUACCCUCCUCAAGCGGACCAGCGAUACUUUAGUCCUCAGCCCCAAGAAUCUCAACCCCCACAGGUCCAGCCCAAUGCGUACUAUGGCGCGGAGCAAACAAUGCCCUACCGCCCUGCAUCUCAUUCUCCCGACCCUCGUGCGCAGUUCCCGGGCGGGCCUCAGCAAAAGCCGAUGACACAGCAGGCACCCCCAUCCGACCCUUACUCGUCUGCUGGACACCGCCCCCAGUCUACAUAUGAUCACCCGCAAGAAUUGAGUACGUCUGUUUAUGAUUCCCCCGUGGAACAUCCCGUCGGCCAGCGCCCAAGUUACCCUCUCAAUAGCCAAGCACCAGCGCUGGGCCACCAGCAUUUUCAGCAGCAGCAGCAGCAGCAGUCGCAGGGGCAUGAAUAUGCGCCUCCAGCUCACGUGGGUGAAGAGGCAAAUCAGCAGCCCCCUGCAUCCCAGUACCCUCCUCCGCAACAACCACAACAGCCGCCAUACCCCGCCUCACCGGCUGUUCAUCAAGCUCCCUCUCACCAGCCUCCUCCGGUCCCUGGCUCAACACAACAAUCCGCACAAUACACUGCUUUCAAUCCCGCCCCCUCGGCUCCCCCGGGUGCAGAGUACCAGGCAUACCAGCCUGCACAGGGUGGAGCUUCUCCCUCAAACCCAGCUACAUUUUACAGAUAG